AUGGCGUUGACAAUCCCGAAGGCUGAGCUCAUCGGUGUUUUUCUGGAGUCAUUGGCAUAUGGUGCAUAUCUGAUGGUGUUUAACCAGUGCAUGUUUGUACUAAGGAAAAGACGUUCUCGACCAAGUGAUUACUUGCUUGGCACUGCAGUAUCGCUGUUCAUCCUCAUCACGGCCCACCUUGUCAUCGACAUCCUGCGCAACAUGCAGGCUUUCACUUCAGACGAGGCAGAGCCAAAUUAUCCAACUACAUAUUAUGGCACAUUCGACACUUGGCAAAACAUUCUCAAGAGUGCCCUGUAUGUCGCUGUCACACUGGUGUCCGACGCAUUCAUUUUAUAUCGCUCCUUCAUUCUAUGGGGUAGGAAUUACCUCAUCAUCACCUUCCCUUUCUUGUUAUUCAUCGCGGACAUUGCUAUCGGUGUUUUCUGGGUAUACACUCUGAGUCUUGUCACUCCGAAUGAAAAUGUUUUCGCCGAUGCCCUCUCCGUCCGCGUUAAGACAUUCUACUCAAUCACUCUGGCCAUGAAUGUCACUUGCACAUUGCUGAUUGCCUUCAAGAUUUUGAAGAUCCAAAAAGCAGUUGCACCCUUUUCUAAGAGUACCGAGGACCAAAUCUCUCGUUUAGUGCCCAUCAUAGUUGAAUCUGGUUCUGCGUACUCAGCCUUGCUCAUUGUUAUGAUUGGAACAUAUACUUCUAAAUCACCGGCCAUGUUCAUCAUCUUGAAUUCAAUGUCGCCAAUCAUCGGCAUUGUGUUUUCUUCCGUAAUCGUCCGCGUCGGUCUUGGUCUAUCACAUGGCGAUUCCCAUCGCUUCAAUGGCACAACGUCUUCCUCGCGGAACAUCCGGUGGAUGACGCGCGCGAGUUCCAGGCCCCCCAAUAGCGAACAGCCGGUCUAUUCUGCGCCAUUCCCGGAUGGGGGUGUUCAGGUCUCAUUGCAGCAAAGUGUACACACUCAUACCGACGGCUUCCCAGAUGACGUUGAGAAUGACAUCUCAAGCGCACAUACGGUGUAUAAAUCCGGCACUUUCCAUGCUAUAUAA